CUAUACCAUGGGACACAGAAAGAGGGCAGUGAAAUGCCAUGAUGAACACCGUAUCCACGUUACUGUGUGGCAAGACAAGAAACCUCUGAUGAGAAAAAUGGGGAAGAACACGAAAGAUGGAACCCCAGGGAGCUGGUUCAAGAUCGUAAUUCGUGAUGGGAUGAAGUAUGAUAAGAUCUGGUUAAUGAAUAUACUCCAGAGUCACUGCAGCAUCCCCUUCACUCCAGUGGAUUUCCACUAUGUGAAAAAACAGGCUAGGUUCUUUGUCCAGGAUAGUAGCAUUGCCUCUGCAUUGAAGGAUGUCAGCAAUAAGAUCUGUGAUGAGAACAAUCAAGAGAUACCUAUCUUUGUCCGUCCCUCCACUGUACCCUACUCUGUGCAGAAUAAGAUGGAGCCAGAAGAAAUAGAGCAGCUAAAGUUGACCAUAAGCAGACGAUAUGAUGUCUUCCAGAAAGCUCUUGAUCUCCAGAAGCUCCGCUUUGACCCAGACUUAGUGGGCCAUGAAAUCGAUAUAAUCCUGAAUCGAAGAAGCUGCAUGGCUGCCACCCUGCAAAUCAUUAAAGAGAAUUGCCCUGAGCUAUUGUCCUUGAACUUGUGCAACAACAGACUGUACCAGCUGGAUGGCCUGUCUGAUAUUGUACACAUGGUCCCCACAAUCAAGAGCCUGAAUCUCUCCAAAAAUGAGUUGAAGCGGGUGUGGGAAUUGUGCAAGAUGAAAGAGUUGAAGCUUGAAGAGCUGUGGCUGAAAGGGAACCCACUGUGUUACAACUUCCCAAACCAGGCCACCUACAUACGUGCCAUCAGGGAUUGUUUCCCCAAGUUGUUGCGCCUGGAUGGCGAGGAGUUACCCUCACCACAUACCACUGACAUUGAAAGAUACUGCUUGGAAAAGCCCUGCAAGGAAGACUUGAAAGGAUCUGAUCCAGUGAAGGAUCUGAUCCUGCCAUUCCUGAAGCUGUAUUACAUGAUCUAUGACUCUGGAGACCGACAGGCACUCCUGGGUGCUUACCACAUUGAGGCCUGCUUCUCCCUGACCAUUCCCUUCAGCUCCGAGGCCCCAGCCCUGAGGAGCUUGUGCGAGUAUGCCAAGGACAGCAGGAAUAUAAAGGAGCUCAAGGACCCCUUUCUGAGGGUUCAGCUGCUGAAGCAGACACAGCCUGAGGUCCUGCGCUCCCUGUGCAUGUUGCCAAAAACUCAGCAUGACCUCAGCUCCUUCAUGGUGGACAUGUGGCUCCAUACGGAGACCAUGCUUUGCUUCUCUGUCAACGGGGUCUUCAAUGAAGUAGUAGGAUGGUGUCAGGGCUCUCUUCGUGCCUUCACCCGGACUUUCAUCACCAUCCCUGCCAGAAACUCCUCUGGUCUCUGCAUCACGAAUGAUGAACUGUUUGUGAUGGAAGCCACCCCCAAAGAGACUCAGAGUACAUUCUCCACCCCAGUGCCCAUACCGUCCUGUACCUCCAUGCCCAUCCUCUCCCAGCAGCAGCAUGAAAUGGUGAUGACUUUCUCCAUCCAGUCUGGGAUGAACCCCAAGUGGUCUCAGAAGUGCCUGCAGGAAAACGAGUGGAACUAUGCCAGAGCUGGUCAAGUCUUCACUACACUUAAGGCUGAGGGCAAGAUCCCAGAGGAGGCCUUUGAACCAGCCCCAAAAAGGAGCCUUUGAUGUCAUCUGUGUCUUUAUCCACAUCAUCUUCUUCAACUUUUCUCCAGCCCAAGGCCACACCCAUGACUGGGGCUGGAGGCCUUCUUGUCCAAGAAGACAGAGUUACCUUGUAGGCCAGGUCACAUAACCACCUAAAGGAUCUUUUGCUUUGUGUGUUUU